AUGGAGGAAUCCGAAUCAAACGAACCUCAGCUUCAGAUCCCGAGUCCUCCGGCGACGGCGCUGCCGAAAGAACCGUCGUUCCACCCAGUCGAGCCCAGCUCCGCCGCCGAAGAGAAGGAAGAACCCGAGGGUUUUGAUCUCCCGCUGCUUCGAUCUGAAUCGGAGUCAGAGAGCCCUAGAUCCAACGAGUUCAGGCAGCGGAGCGGGAUCGGCAAGGGUUACGCCGCUUUAGAUAUUGGCAUCGGAUUGCGCACCAGCGAAUCCAUGGAUAAGCUCGAUUCUUUGGGGAAUUCCUCGAGCUCGUUUUCGGCUGUAGUAGUACUCAGAACUCUGUUCUUUAUACUUGUUUGGUAUACAUUUAGUACUCUUUUGACGCUGUAUAACAAGACAUUGUUGGGCGAUCAUUUGGGAAAAUUUCCCUUGCCUUUGAUGAUGAAUACCGUCCAUUUUGGGAUGCAAGCUGUGCUGUCCAAUGCCAUUGUUUGUUUCCAGUCGAGGUGUUGUGAGAGCAGUCGGGGCCCGACGAUGACGUGGAAGGAUUAUUUUAUGAGAGUUGUGCCUACGGCAUUGGGAACUGCAUUGGAUAUAAACCUCAGCAAUGCUUCGCUUGUGUUCAUAUCAGUGACAUUUGCGACAAUGUGUAAAUCUGCUUCUCCAAUAUUCCUCCUGGUGUUUGCUUUUGCAUUUAGGCUGGAGAGUCCAAGCAUUAAGCUUCUAGGUAUCAUAUUAGUCAUCUCUGUUGGAGUUCUUUUAACAGUUACCAAGGAGACUCAAUUUGAGUUCUGGGGAUUCCUUUUUGUUAUGCUUGCUGCCGUUAUGUCAGGAUUCAGGUGGUGUAUGACUCAGAUUCUUUUGCAGAAAGAGUCUUAUGGUCUGAGGAAUCCCAUCACUCUGAUGAGCUAUGUCACUCCCGUAAUGGCAGUGACUACUGCAAUUGGCUCACUUGUGCUAGAUCCUUGGCAUAAUCUGAGCGAAAAUAAAUAUUUUGAUAGUUCAACUCACAUUAUAUGGAGUUGCCUGCUAAUGCUUCUGGGAGGAGCAUUGGCAUUUUUCAUGGUUUUAACUGAAUAUAUUCUUGUUUCAGCAACUAGUGCAAUAACAGUAAUGGUUGCUGGUACUGUCAAGGAAGCCGUCACUAUUUUGGUUGCUGUUUUCUACUUCCAUGACCAGUUCACCUUGUUGAAAGGAGCUGGGCUUUUCACAAUAAUGGUUGGGGUUGGUUUAUUCAACUGGUACAAGUACCAAAAAUUAAACAAAGGCCACCAAAGUGGAAAUGGAGAAAUGAACUCAACUUUCAAUGGAGCUGCCAAAUAUGUUAUUCUUGAUGAGGACAUAUUGGAUACUGAUACAUGACAUCAUCCUCUGCAACAUGUUUUAGAAGUAACAGGUAUUUACCUUAAAUGUGAAAUCACAUUCUCAUGAGGAAUAUUUCAUCCAUUUUUCUCCCGUUGGUAUUUACCUCAAAUGUGAGGUAAAAUCACAUGGAAUUCUUAUGGGCUUGCACUACUUCGAUUAAAAUUUUUGAAUAAAGUGUAACCUCAUAAAUGUAUAGAGCUAAAUUACAGUGGACAUCACAAGAAAGCGAAGGUUAUUCGAUUGUUGUAUGUAUGAAAUCCAAAUAUGUUGUAUAUUUGAAAUGUAUUUGUUGUUUAUUUAUUCUCUUGAUCAAUUGAUCUUUCAGAAAGUCAUUUUCUGUAUGUCCGAGGACAACAAUGUACAGAUUGAGAACAUUUUGUAUCCCAUAUAUUUGUCAUUUUGUAUCA